AUGCCGAUGAACUUUUUCUGGGAAUACAAACUUGUUCACUGUCAUCUUAUUAUGCGUUUCCAUCCAACCGCAGGAAACAACUGGGCUUAUGGCUUUUUUGUUCAUGCACACAAUAUUGUGGAGAAGCUUGAAACCCCAGUGCAACGUCAGUUGGAACGAUGUGAUCAACUGGACGGUCUGCUAAUUACAAUGAGCUUGGCUGGAGGCACCGGUUCUGGUGUGGGCACGAAAUUGCUGCUGUAA